GUCAAGGUAAACAAACAUGGCGGACAAAACAGGAAUCAACUUGAAUAGAGAAAACUAAAAUGGAAGGUAUAUAGCAUUUUGAUGCAAAAUGAGGCUUGACUUGGAGGUAUUAGCAUCCACUGCCAUCAAACGUAAAAAGCCAUGGCCAAGAACUAUAUGGAUAGGAGAGGAGCAGGAAAGCCUUCUGUUGCUGGAUGCCCCAGGAAAGAGGGUCAGUGUCCUGUAUGUGCCUUCUGGGAAGACAAAGAGACGGCUGCCAAAAGUUUCCCCACUAGCUGAGCAGGCCAUAUGUUUUGCUAGCACUAGAAAUGGUCGAUAUUUAGUGGGCCUGUUGAGCAAUGGUGAGUUGUUCAUUUGGCACAAAGAUAAGGAUGUUGUCAAGUUCAUCCCGGGAUUGGAGAAGAUGGACAAUAACUUGGCUACAGAAAAGUGUCACAUUGAUGCUUCUGAUGACUGUAGCCAUGUGCUUGUUGCUGUUGGCCACCAGUCUUUCUACAUUUGGGCCAUGGAGAGAGGGGAGACAAUUCACAGGGAACAAGUGCCUGCACUGAAGGGAAGUUGGCACAGAGUUACUGUUCCUGCCGGGAUGGAACUGCCAACUGACCAGAAUAGGGAAUGCAGCAUGGCUUCUGUCUUCUAUGAAAGUCUUAGUCUCGGUUACUGUUGUCAGUGUUCCCUGGUGUUCAACGAGGAAGCCAUGUUGUGUGUUGCCACUCUGGUGCUCAAGUUUCCGGACCAUACACUGUCUUUUUCACAUAGUCUGCCCAUCUUCAGUGCUGAAUGGAGUCUACUAGAAUACCCAUUUCCCCAGAUGCACCCAGACUUUGAGCCGGUCCCCACACCAGGGGCUUAUGUAUCUACCUACAGUGGGAGUGGCCAGGUGCUCGCUGUGGCAGCCAAUCAGAGAAGCCCAGCCAAGACGACCAUGCUGUUUGUGUCUCCUCUCACAGACACUGUGCUGGUUGGUGGGAUGAAGAACUGUGGGGUCAGCGACCUCUCCAAGACCGGCAGACAAUACUGGGUAUGUGACCUGGCAUGGACGUCAGAUAACCUGUUCCUGGCCUGUAUGUUGAGGAACGGCAGUGUGUGUCUCAUUCCCAGACUGGGGGAUCCGAUUGCCAUAGAAACAAGGGGCUGCUCUGUUGACAUGGGACCUGCCUUGUUCUUGCCUCUACACCCUGCAAUCAUGGUCAGUGGCAAUGCUCAGAGCCUGGAACCAUCAGCAGCGGAGCAGGACCCUCUCCAGCAGACGUUCUCUGUGGCGACACAUCCCAGCCUUCCCAUAGUGCUCUUCUCUGAUGGCUUCCUGGUUACUGUAGCACAACUUCCUGUUGAAGUCACCGCAGUCACAAUGAUGAGAGGGCUCGUGCUCGAGUCAGCCAAGCACCUGAAAAAGCUCUCACAGCAGGAAGACCUGGACAUGACCGUGGCUGACGCUUACAGGCUGUCUAAAGGUCAGAGAGGAUCAAAACAGAACCUGGCACAAGGCAACAGCAGAGGAAAAAGGAGAAACCAAUAUGAGUUUGAAAUGGCUGAAAUCUCCCUGAACGCCACACAUGACAGUGAUGUCAGCAUUCUGGACACCACAAACAAGAUGGGCUUUGACCAGUUUGGAGCUAUAGGAAACAUGGAGUCUGGCAAGAUUGUGUUUGGAGAGCCCGAGAUGAUAGCUAUAGAUCCUAAUGCUACAUUUACCGGACUAGAGGCAUCAGAAUCACUGCUGAAGUAUCUGGAAGAGUCCAUGUCAGCUCUGACCCAGGUGUGGAAGCUUGGAGCAUCUUAUUCCGACAUUUGGUCAGCAGAGGUGGACAACAUUGUCAAACAGGCUGUACACAACUUCUAUAAAAUCUUCAGUGUGGUGCUAGAUUGCCCGGCUGUGGACGCCAUUAUGCCCAUCCUGACCCCUAGACAAAGCUCUGCCAUCCAGAAUCCAAGGGUUUACAACAUCAUUGUUGCCUACAGGAACAUUCUUCAGCUGUUGAGGUUUGACACCUUUAAUCAACACCUCAUACCUGCAGCUCUCAGGCUUAUUCAUAAAACCAUUCAGCUGAUGUUGACAAGCAAAGAGCUGGAAAAUACAGACCCUAGACUGAAGACAUUAUUUGGCUGCUUUAGUCUUCUCAAGCAUGCAGAAACAAGCCUGAAUCGUAUAUAUGUGUGGGUCCCUUCUGACAGUCAGAAUGGUACUCCAGUAUCUGGUUCGCCACGGAGGUUUGAGCCUGCUGUGAUGAUGAAGGGGAACCAGCAAUCUCCAGGAAGUAGCACUGAUGUCCACGGUGGACGUCUCCAGAACAAGGGACAGUUCCCAGGGAAAAGACUGGCCGCCACCUGGAAGCUUCUUUACAAGCAUGUGAUGGAGCACCAGGCCCACAUUUCCCGUGCAGGGGACUGUAGCGGUGACCUGGUGCACGUGGACAAGCUGCUAGCCUCCAUACAGCAUGUGCUGCAUGAUGGAGAGGGAGAGGUUACACCCAGGUCAGCAGCCACUAAACUAUCAGCAGUUUGGUUGAGACAUGCUUUCCCAUUUGAGUUACUCUCCAAUUCCGACAGUUUCAUGUACUCUGACUCUGAUCUAGACACUUCACAUGAUCCUAAAACAUCAUCACCCAGUCCAAAUUUCACAUCUGACAAAGAGACUACUUCUUCUUUACUGAAAAGUGGGAGUGCAGAUAGCUCCGGAGGUUUCUCUUCUCUUGUGAAAAGGAGAGCUAGCCCUGAUAAUGCAGGGAGUGUUAAACAAGAAAACAAAACCCAUUAUAGGAGUCUUGGUAGAAGUUACAGCAACACUGAAAUACACGGAACUUCAGAAUUUAGUGGUUUUGACAUAAAAUCGUCCACAUUGAAAAUUGGUCAAAGUCCUGUUUCCAUUUUGAAGAAUGGCAAAGAAAUGUCUGUUGCUGUCCAUUCAGCAUCAACUAGUUCCCAAGAAGUAAAUGAUGGUCAAAAUAAAGGUGAUUAUUCCCCUAGCUCAGUAGACCAAAAUUCAACAUUAAAAAUAACUGGACUUUCUUCAUUUUUGCGUUCUGACUCCACAUCAUCCAAUCAAAGCUCUUCUAGGUCACCUAAAAGUGGAGUAGGCUCAAAGUUCAAACUCUUCAAUAAAAUAAAAUCUGCUGUUUCCAAGCAACAAACUGACUCUUCCCUAGAAAAUGGGUCAAAAAGUAGUUUCAUGUUGCAAGUGGGCUCGUAUUCUUCAUCACCCAAAGGAAGUAAUUCCUCUAAUUCUUUUAUGAAUGCCAUAAAAUCUCAGCUGAAAAUAAGGUCAUAUUCAUCCUCACCAAAAGAAAGUAGUUCCAACUCUUCAACUCCUGUCAUUAUGGUUGACAUUACUCAAAAUGAGACCAUGCAAAGUAUUGAUAUCAGAGAAUCUGAGGGGUCAGAUCAGCAUCCUCAAUUUGAUGAACAUGACAAAUCUAAGGAAUCCUUUGAUCCCAGAUCAGAGGGGUUUGAGGUACAUGGGAGUGUAGAAUGGGAUAAAACUCAAUCGGAGAGCUCAAAGUCUCCCAGUAAGAGGAAAUGUAAAGCAAAAGUUAAGGAGUGUGAGAAGUUGAGUGUGGAUGGUGAACAUGACCUUGCCCUGGAAGCCUGGAAGGAGCAGCUCAAAAUGUACGGAGGUAAGAAGGACAACCCGAAGACAGCCCGUAUGUUGCACUCAGUUCUGUACACCUUCCUGCUGCGUGACGAGCUAGCCCAGGCAGUGGACUUUAUCGACGGGAUGAUCCUCCAGGCCAGUGUGGACAUGGCCAUGAGCUCCCGGGAACUGCCCACAUAUGAGGAUGGCUCCAGGCCUCCGCUCAUGACACUGGUCACCCACAGGUCACAGGAUUCUGAGGAGGAAGAGUUAGUUCCCUGUAUCAAGAACAAGUCCAUCAGACAGACUGUGCAGACAAUGGCCCGGUUCAUGGCAGCAUACUUCAGUAACCAGACCAUGUACAUCUACCCACCUCACAGUGCCCAGCCCCUCUCCUCUGUACACCUCAGCUCUGUACCCACCAAGAGCCGGAUCAUCCCGAAGUACCAUGAGGAGAUCACACAGGUUAUCACACGGGAGAACCUAAGCAGUCUCUGGACAACAGAACGCACUGUGGAGUACCUGCUGCUGUCCGGGCUUAUCUGUGAGACAGCGUGGUUUGCUCACAAGAUGGGGGACUGGAAGACCGGCUACCUCCUGUCUGUUUCCCAUACCAGCCACAGGGAGAUUGCCCCGCAACUGUAUAGGAAACCUAAGAAGCCACUGAAGUUAUCAGACAAUCUGUGGCCACACUCCAUCUUGCAGGAGAAACUGGAGAUUCUUAUCAAGUCAAACAGGGCUGACAGUGCUCCAACAGCAUUUGGAAAACACCAUAGCAGAUAUUUCAUCCCAAUCAACCAAGAGACGAACAUCCCUCAGUUAACGCGGACAUUGGGUGAUAUCCUCACAGCUGGCAUAGUGUCCGAUGUAGAGCUUGCACCCUGGCUGCUAACUAGCCUUUUAGAAAAGCUGAAAUCAGUGGUGUCUAACCUCUCCCCACUGGUUCCCGAGGGCUUCUACCUGCCUGCCCCACCCCUGUUCUGCCCCCAGCCUGGGGAGGUCGAGAUGACUGGGGAGCAGCCGGACGUCCAGUAUGAGCAUGAAAUACGUAUGGAGAUGUCCUCCAUCAUCCAGCUGAUCCUGGUGGCCUUAAACUCUGCCAACCUGGCCCUGCCCACUGGACGCUGGUACAUCCAGGACCUCUUCAAGAUGCAAGAGAAGGCCGCCCAGUUUAAGGCCACAACAGAAGGUCCAUGCCUGGAGCUCCCUGAGAUUCUACAGCAGUACAAGAUUUUCCGAUCCGAGCUGGUUGACCUGCGUGAUCUUCCCAGUGUGCACUUUGUCAUGUGCGCUUUUCGAGAUUUCUGCACACUCCUGUGGCUGCUACACGUGAGAGACGAGCUGUCUGUACACCUGAGAAAGCGUGGCAGUCACCUGAAUGAUGAGAAACAGGGUGGGGAGGACACCCCCAUCUCUACGCUAGGCCAUGAAUACAUACAGGAGUGCUUCAAGAUCCUCAAGUGGGCCGUCCAUCUCCUAUCCUUUAGCCACUACAUCGCGGACGAUGGCUGUAUCAGGAAAGUUAUCCUCUCCCUCAUACUGGAGCUGCCCGCCACUGAAGACACCGCAGAUAUUCUUGCCGAGCACUUUUACGCUCCUGAGACAUUCGACCCCGAGGUUCAGGAAAAGUUGGAGAGGCUGGUGUCAACAUGGCAGAGUGUGGAAAUAGUGCCAGAGGAUGAUGGGAAGUCUGCUAGGUUGGAUGAAAAUGUUGAGCUUAGGCAGAGUGUUGACAGUGACGAUGUCGAUGAUGACGGGUCAGUGAGGAAGUCUGUGACAUUCUUUCAGGCCUCACCCAGGGCUAAGACGCUGUCUGUGUACUUCCACAAGCAAUGUGACGUUGUUAGGAAAGUCAUGAAAAAGAAGAGAAAGAUAUAUGGACAGUAUGAUGAAUUUGUAUUUGAUAAUGAGCUAGAAAAUGACAAUACUGAAAAUGGAGGAGCAAGGUUAAAGGAUGAUAUAUGUAUUGGGUCAAGGUCGUUUGAAACUAAGCAGUCUUAUUUGGAAUUUUUGGAUAGAUUUUAUGCCAUUUGCUUCACAAAGGUUGUUGAAAAUGAGUCAGAAUCUGGCAGAACUAAAAUACACCCAAUCCUGAUGCCUUUUGCCAAAGUGAUUAGGGAAUAUGAAUUUGAGACAUUCCUAACCAAGAACGAGGAAAGUUACCAAAAGAAGCCUAGCUCAGUUGUCAUGGCCUCACCCAGAGCCAAGUUCUUCAGAAGUCAGAGUGAGUCCCAAGUUUCUGACACCAAAGACUCCCCAGCUACCCCACAGAGGAAGAGCUUGUUUAGGAGUAACAGUUCUAGCACUGUAGACUCUCCAAAAGCUGGCAUGUCUAGGUUUGUAAGUGAGGGGUCACUGUUUGGAAGGAACAGGCCUCAAGUUUCACCAUCAAGGGUAAAACCUAAUAUGACAGGGAUGGCCUCCAGGUUUUUCCAAUCUGAAGAUGUUCUAUACAGGGAUGCCGCAGAUAGGGAGGAUAUUCACUGGAUUAUGGAUGUGAACUUUGGGCAGCGGUACCUGGCUCUGCAACACUUACUAGACUACCUCCAUCACUGGGCUGGGAAACAGCAUUUACUUGGACUACAUGGCAAGAGUGAUAAGGAAAUCGGUCUGAAACCUACAAUGAGGAUUGAAGUACCCACACAGCUUGUGGUUCUAGGUUUAUGGCUCCUGGAAAAUAAGUACAGCCCUGGAAAAGGAAAGAAAGAUGAAGAAAAAGAAGAACAAAUUUAUGCUGAAAUUGAAGAUCAAGUGGACAAAACACCAAGGACUCCAAGAGAUAACACCAAACAGAAACCUCUGACAACUGUUGAAGAAUUGACUGAGCAUGAUAGUUUCACUCAGGUUUCCAACAUUCCAAGGUCAAGGUCACAUAGUCCUGGUGACCAAAGGUUAAGGGCUCACAGUCCAAGGGCAGAAAGGUCACAAAGGUCAAUGAGUGCAGGAUUUGAUGUAUCGAAAGACCGGGGUGCACAUGACAGAACUCUGGACUAUGUGAGGAGUAUAACAUCUACACAGGAAGAAACAGAACAGAUGAAGACUGCCUACAAGAAAGUCUUAGAUGAUUACAACCAUUCUCAUCUUGGAGAUGACAGUAGUUCCCUGGAAGUUAGCUCCCUGGAGGAGGAGGGUUACGGGCAAAACCUGAAACAGUCUAACUCUCCAUCCAGACGCAGCAGAGCAGGAACCAAAUCUCUCGGAGGCUCUCGGGGUGUCGAGUCAAGCCCAGAGUCUAAGAACAACUCGGCCUUCAACAACACCCUGCAGUUUGAGGGCUCCCCAGACAGGGCCAGUGGCAAACCUCCUCAGACUAGCACUCCCUUGACAGGUAACAGCCCUAGCAGACGUCAGGGUAGGAAACAAGAUGGCCUUCAGUCAGCUGACGUAUCCCACAUCUCCCUGCCUCCUACAGGAUUCACUGCCCAACCCAGACCUGAACACUAUAGAAGUGGGCUGUUAGGUGGAGACCUUGCCCAGACAGCCCCUCCUAUAACUGGAGUCCAGCACGGGGCAGACAACCCUGUCAACAUGGCUGGGAUGGACCUGGCCCAGCAGCUGCAGGCCAUUGUACGAGGAGAACUGCGUAGAAUGAUGGAGGUUCAACAUCAGAGCAUGAUGGCCAUGAUGGGAGCCCUAGAUGGAGACCAGCCUCCUGCUGCUAUGCAACCAGCAGUAUUGACCAAUCAAAGGGCUGCAAGGUCUUUGUCUCCGCAAAGGGGAGAUAACCAGGAGAAUGAGAUUGAGAGAAGAGCAACAAAGGGAAAUAGGUCUAUGAGAGGUGUGCUGGGGGAAUUGCAUAAUCUGCAACAGACAGAAGAAAAGCAGCAAAAGAAGAAGAGACCUAAAUCUCCUCAUGGAAAAGAAAAUGUUGAUUCCCCUUUGAGAGUGUCAGAGUUACGAUCAGGAGAAAAUGUUGAAGUGUACAGGGUAACUCAAAAUGAGCAAGGACCAAACUUUUAUCCUAAUUUUCUGAGAAUCCCUGCAGAGAGAGAUAAAGAGAGUGUAAGAUUUCCACAGAUUCCAAGACAAGCUUGGACUUCCCAGAACAUCUUCCCCCCACCCAGCCAGGGUCCUGUGGAAAUGCCCCUUUUACAAGUGGAUAGGACAGUUCCAGCUCAUAAAUUUCCAGUUAGCCAGCGCAGUCAGUCUUUGCCGAGAUACUUACCAGAUGCUGGGUUCUUCCAAGCCCCACCAUCCCAGGGCCCAGUUGGCAGCCUACAAGGCCAAGCACCAUACAGACCCCCUCAAAGGCCAGCAGAUAGCCCAGACAGUGGUAUAGGGAUCCCUCUCCUUAAACUGCAGAACCAGGAGGAGAGGAAGGGGAGGGCACCACGGUUUGGGGAGUUACUGCCCCCUGACCAGGUGAUUGAGAGUAUGGAAGAAGCAGAGCAGAAGGAGAGAUUACGGGAGAGAUACCUGAGGGAGUUCCACCAGCUACAGUCUGAAAAGGCGACAGAUGACUACAAGAGACUUUUUGGUGAGAAACUGCUUCACCUUGACCUUGAGAGAGCCCAGAAAGAAGAUAGAGUGAGCUCCCCUAGGAAAGCCCAAACACCACGGGCCACACCAAGGAAAUCUCCCAGGAAGACUCCCAGAUCCAUGUCCGAACAUGUGUCAUCAAAAUCCUCAAAGAAAUCAAAGAAAAAGUUGGAUCGGGAAGACGAAGAAAAAGAUGAGGAUACUGACCAACAAAUCAGUGAUCAGCUCUCAGACAAGCAGCCAAUCAGUGAGAGGCUCUCAUCAAGGCACUCGGCAAGGCAUCCAAUAGGAGAAGAGGAGAGUGGAGAAGGUGAAGAGUCAUUGGAUGAGGAUGCUACAGAGGCAGAGUCUGUCACAGAGGAGGAGGGGCCAUUACAUGAUGGAUAUGCCAUGAAAAAAGGUGAGUUUGAGGCAUACCUUGCCCUGGAGAAUGCCCUCAUGAAGACGAAGGACACAAGUGCCCGUAUCCAGCUGAAGACGGCCAUCAGGCUCCAGAGACAGAGGAUGAUGGAGAACUGGAAGAGACCAAAGGUUGACUUUUCCACAAACACAGCAGAGCAGCUUGACAUGGGUACAGAUGCUGAAGAUAUAGCUCCAGAACCUGGCUAUUUCAGAUACUCGGAGAAGGCCACAUCCAUCACUAAAGAUACAGGAGUGGAUCCGAUACAUGAGGCUGUUAUAGAAUACAACCAGAGUCGUCAACCCAACGUCCUACCUCCCGACAUCUACAUGGGACUGAGGUUCAAUGAGCAUGGACAGCAGCCAGGGUCCGACAUCACUGGCCAACAACAGGAUUCCAGAGGUCGUAAUUACCUGAACGUUGUUGACCUGGAUGCCUCUGCCAUCCUACAUGACCUCAGAGAGAGGCCGGAACCUGGCGAACCCCAGCUGGAUGUCUCCAUGUCCCCACAGCAAAUGAGGCUCAGGAAUAGAAUGGCUGAUGAAUCAGUUACAAGAGUAUCAUUUGAGCCUCCAGCUGUGGAGAGGCCCACGCGAGCGGAUGAGCUCACGGUCAGGAUGUUCGACACCUCCGUUCAGGGAGAGGACAGGGUGACACUAGCAGUGAUGCCUCGAGACAGCAUGCCGGACUCCAAAUAUGCCAUCAUGCAGAGACUGCGGGACAUGAACUCCCAGCUUGCUGCCAUUGACCAGAUGUCUAACAACAUUGAGAGGGAGUUCAAGAGCACAAGACUGGCCAUACACACCCUGGAAGAAGUUACCCAUGCCAUGGAGGCUGCACCAAAGCAUGCGUCUGUUGACUUUGAGGAUCAAUUUCCUGAGAGGCUUGUAGAGUCUAGGGCAGAGUCAAGGUCUGAUACAGGCACGCUGACCCCCCAGAGGUCAGCCAAGUCUCCCACCCCAAGUGUAAGAGUCACUGCAAGAUCGACGGCGAGAUCACGGAAAUCCACCAAGGAGGACAGGAAGGAAUUGUCAACAGAGCUGGCCAAGCUGUCAGGUCUGAGUGGUAUCAGUGACAUUAUCGGGGACAUGGUGGCCCAAGGGGAGAUAAAUCUGGAUGAUGUGGGGCUCUCCAGAAGGGAGGCAGACAGGCUUGUACAGAGAGGAAUUAUCAGACAAGAGCAGGCUGAGGACGCCCGCAUGAGCUUGGAUUCCAUCAAGAAGAUGGCAGACACGGCGGGACGGGAAGGGUCUAGGAACAAGGAGGAGUUGCGACAGUGGACGGCACAGAAGCGCCACAAGCUGACUGAGGAGUACCGCCGGCAUGUUGAGGAAUUGCGGGAACGCGAGAUUCGCCCAUUUAGGCCUGCGCAUGAUACCACAUUUGACCAGUCAAUGACCUUGAAUGAUCAUAAGGCGCGUGAAGAUUCCAGGAAGGUUUCCAGACAGGCAAACAUGUCACGCCGUAUGGACGAGGCCCAGCACCUCCUGGGAGACAUCCUCACGGAGAAGCCCAAUCUCCCGCCCGACAUACCAACCCGUGAGGUGUCGCCCAAACGCAGGCCCAACAAGGAUCGGUCCCCCAUCAGUGUGCGGGAUAGGACACCUGUUCGGAAGCCAGCAUCUGUCAAAAGAGAUGUUACACCGACGCGUGCCAAAAAGGGAAUACUGAAAACCAGAGAUGUCAGUCCACCGUUCAUGCCUGACUUCAGCCAAGCAAUGGAGGGGUAUGACAGUUAUGAACUUGAUCUUGAAUAUGACCAACAAGUCCCUGACCAAGCGCCAUGGCAACCAGAACCUAGGGAAAUCAUUGCACCACCACCCAGGGCAGAGGAGAGGCCAAUUAAAGGCCAAGGAAAGGUUCCUUCUGUAAUGAAGGUGCCUGGUGUUGUGCCAAAAUUAAAACUGGGCCUGGAGGAUGUGGAUGAGGAAGAGCCACUUCGUCUUCAACAGACGGGAGAUACUAGUGGAGAUCUGACAGAGUACUGCAGGGCGAUGCAAGAUAUGGAUGUAUCCAUAAGCCAGGAUGCAAGCAGGGAGGCACCUAAACAUGCCCCUACCCGCAUUGAACAACCACCUUCCCCCACCCCCUCACCACAGAAGACGUACAAGGUGAAACCAUUCACAGAAAUUGUGCGUUUGCAGAGGCCGGAGCGGACAAGGAAACAGCCUGACAAGCUGGCGAUGGAGUAUGUGGCCCGACAGAGAACGGCCAGCAGGAUGGACUCAUCUAGAAGUUCCGUGAGAACUGAGUUGACUCAGCGGGACAGAGAGAUGAUACAUGGAUCAAAGAGGCUACCACAGAAGAAGCCCACAGAGACUGGCCCUCGCCGUGUCAAGACGUACGCUGAACGCCUGCAGGAGAUGAAAUCUGGAGAGAAAUACUCCACACCUGUCGCUCCAAAAUCUCAAUAUGGCUCUUCCAUUGCAAGCACCUCUGCGCGACCCACAUCGCGACCUGUUAGACCCAAACACAAGCCGAUGACCUAUGUGGAACAGCUUCAGAAACUCAACGAGGGCCACCACAAGCCUAGAGUGGGUAUGGAGACAACAGUGAUCCGGAAGCCCAUGAUCCGCUCCCACAAGCCGCCCCACAAAGCAAAAACCUAUGCCCAACAGCUGCAGGAGCUUCAACCCACCAAAACAUUCACUGGUCCUCCGAGCAAGAGGAUGCACAAGCAGACCGGUGCCCGUCAGCGUCCGUACAAGGAUCCCUAUACCCCUGUGGGCCCCGAGGACUUUGACCAGCUGGAGGCCGCCUCUGUGGUCAGUGGCUGGUCUAUGAGCGAUGACGUCCGCCACAUCCUGUAUAAUGAUGUUGACAGCUCAAUUGCUGUUGGCCAGUCAGCGUCUUAUGCUCCAUCAGAGCAGAUUUCUGAUUACUACGAUGUUGUCAUGGACAAUGAUCGCAUGGAAGAUGACUACACAGCUUCUGUUGACAUUGAUGACCUCGUUCAGAUAGCCGACCAGGGAUCUGUUUCGUCUGGAAGUAUGAUGAGCUUCAUUGACUGGGAUCAGGUCGAUGACCUUAUUAAUGAUGUCAGAUAAAGCUCCUAUGUGAUAUGGAAUGAAAAUCAUCUGUGUGAUAUCGUAAAACAAACGACUGAGUGAUAUACAUAAACAAGCAUUUGAGAGAUUUUUAACAUAGGUCAUCUUUAUAUUAAAGGAACUAGACACCAGAUGAUCCCCAAAUUGGCAAAUACAGUAUUACCUCAAAACAAGCGUAGAAUUGUCAAUCUGAGCUAGUAGAAGGCUGAUAAUACAUUAAUUUACAUGAUUAAAAGAAUAAACGCAACAAUCAUGUUGCUGUCUCAUCUGAGUUUCCCUGUUUAAUAAUAGUGCACAAUGGUUUCCAAGUUUCAAAUCAUAUCUGUUUAUGAGUACGGAUAAAUAUAUUGAUGCUAGUUUUAAACUUACCUGAAUUUACGUGGUAGACAAUCCAAGUAAAUUUUGUAUUGGAAUAAUGCGCAAAACUGGGAAAGAUGCAUGUGUCGUUAAGGAUGUGAUACAUCAGUGAGGACGAUUCAAUGCGUUGUACACAAUGAUGUCAAUUUUAUGUAAGUUUUUAACAUUUUUCUUUUUGUCUUGCAAUUGUAUCAUCUGGUGUCUAGUCCCUUUAAGCUUAAAACAUGAGAGACUAUCUAAAGUAUAUAUCAAGCUAUUAAGUAUUAUGGUUGUGUCAACAAAAAUUAAUAUAAUUAUGAUCAUGUUUAAACACAACAUUCAGUUCAAGUCUGAAAGACGUGAACAUUGAAAAAAAAAAUGUAUCAGUGGUAAGAAGACCACAUGUAUAUGACUUUUAGCGUUGGCCUUGAGAAGCUUGUGAUAGAUUCAUAAGUCUUUAUAUUUCAUCGUGUAUAAUGUGUCCUGUGAUAAUGUUAAAGAUAUGUGUAUCCUUUGUGUUGACUCGUAUAUAAUUUAUAUUUUUAAGCAUGAAAUAAUAGAGAUAGCAAACCAUGUAUAUUUGCAUUUGUAUUUAUUUUCUUGUAGUUAACACAUGUCAUGAGUUAUUUUACAUGAAUGACAUGUUAGUUGUUUGUAGCGUGAACUAUUUUAGUGAUAUAAUAAUAAAUUAUCGGUCCAGUA